UGUUUGCUGCAUUGAAAGAUUUUACAGCGGAAAAUACUACAGUUUCCAUGACUGUGGGGUGGACACCUUUGGAAGGAUAUGUCACCACUUACAGUAGUGACUAUAAACCUCCCAGUGAGCACCACCCACAAGUCAACCAGCUAAAGCACAGACGUGAAGCUGAGGCUGCUCCUGCAUACAUGAACCCACCUCAGACUCAUCGUGAAACCUGGCCUUCAUUUAAUCAAUACUUGUAUAAGACAACAAACAGCAUCUAUGGCUCAAGUACCGGUUCACAGCCUCCCUCCUGUUCCGUCUUCCCUGCCUCCUUGCGUCCAUUCGGCGUCCACACUCCUUCCAUGUCCAAGGUGUCUGGGGUUGUUGACUCCUCCCUGACAGAGGCCAGGACACAGGAAGCGGGAGUUGCAGGAGAGAAUGGGCCUUUUCUUUGUGAGGAGGAGAAAGCUAAUGUGUUGGAGCAGCUGGAGGCAAAAGAUGAGCCGCAGCAGAUGAUUGAUGUUCUCUGCGAGGAAGGUGAGAUUGUGUUGUCAUCUCAUGCCGGUCUGGCCUGCUGUGACGAUUUCCUCAGAAGUGUCUGCAGAGAAGCCAGGCUGCAGCACCUGCUCCGCCUUCCUGUGGCCUGCAGUCCAAUUAUCACAGUCAAAGAUGCUGAAAACUGGGCUCACUGUGCCUGGGUGAGGGGCUUGGGACCGGCUAUUGGACUGAAAAACAGCUUCUUCCUUCAGCCUACCUCCAGGCAGUGUUGUUGCUGUGAAUGGCAAAGUGAGAGCCCAAAUCGUUGUUGCUUUGAGGUGCAAACCUUCCCUCCCUGCAUCCCUCACAGCAGCACGUUACCUCCGGCCCACGUACAGCCGACUUUCUACUGCACAGUGCCCAGCAGGAAGCCACCAUUGACAGAGUACCAAGCCAGGUACACUGCUGAGUGGGCCCAGCCUAAGAUGCAGCAGUGUUACAUUCACCAUCAUCAUCCUUCAUGUACCAAGAUACUUGAUCCUUCACGCUGAAUCUCUUUUUUCUUUUGUCUCAAUACACAGCAGAUUACAAAAAAACUGUUUUAUGUUUUGUGUCAAAUAUGAUUAAUGUUAAAAAGCACUGCUUCUUCAUCCAGUCACCAGCACGUCUCAGGCCGAGAGGAUUGCCACAUGUGAAAAAUCCCUCUUACUGAGGAAGCGGUCAAGGUAUCUUGCCUCAGGGUACAGAAGCUGAGGAUGAGUCAUAGCACAGCAGUAAACCAUCUGCUGGCAGGCACUUAAAGGGGACAGUAAAAUGUGCCUCUUGUCAUCCUAUUGGGACGAGGUUCAAAUGUGCACGUGGCAGUGCAGAGGUGGAAUAAGUACUCAGAUUCUUUAAGUAAAAAAUGAAAAUAAAACAAGGCAAAAGGGUAGGUGUUCAUUUACAUAUAAGUUGCAGCCUAAAUGUAUAUGUCAACACACUACAGGGCGUUGCCAUGGUGAAAAUAGGAAGAAGACUUCUCUAUGGUUGCUGUUUUUUUAACCAUUCAU